CCCGAGACUUGAGUCCAAUCGACAGGGUGAGGUUCUGCCAUCUAUUUCCGGACGUGUGAGAAUAGGGAUUCGAGUCGAUGGAUGCAUUUGGAGAUUCGGCGUAGAUUCCUCCGCAGCUGAUUUGUACGUGAGAGGUAUAAAAGACGCGGUGCAAGCGGGUCAGAAGGACUCGGCUUUUCUCGAGGAAGGCCAAGUCGUCGAUAUCUGCAUCGGAUGGCCCUCCCUUGUUUGAUUGAAGGAGAGAUAGACACAGAUCGCUCAGAUCGUCACUCUGGUGAAGAGGUAACGUUCAGGAUGUCCGGACUCAAGACUAGCGACUCUUGGCAAUUGCAGUGGAUCACGGGUUGACGUGCCGACAUCAGCACGUGACACUUAAGCGCUGCCUCGGGAAUCUACGACUUAGGAUCCUAUCAAAGUGUUUCACAGUGACGAGAAACCUCCUCGCCCACUAUGCCUCCCAGAAAGAAAGCAGGAUAAAUCCCAAGCAAAGCAAACAGCAAUCCUUAUUAGACCACUUUAUUAAACAUCCUGCGUCCUCCGUAUUUCAAACAACGCCAUGUGUCGAACACGACGGAAGCUCGAAGGAUGAGGCUCAAGACGCUGUACCAGAUUCGAGACAAGAGACCAGAGGCCGAAACUGCCAAUGUUGUUAACCUGGUUCCUCCCGAGUCGUCCAGUCCCAUCGAAAUACUCGAUGUUACAGACACAGAAGAGCAAGAAAUCCCCUCCCUACCUGCAGAAACCAGACAUACUGCCUCUGCAGCAUCCACGCCUCCUAGAACGCGUGUCAGCGAAAGCAUCAGGACCGACUCUUUUAUCAUAGAUCUCACGACGCCUGAACCUUUGAGGGUGUCAAGGCCAAAUCAUGACAUCUUCGCCCCUCGACGGAAAACUAUAACGGCUUCGGAGGCGUUGUCUGCUGUGGCUCCGACCAAACCGAGCUCAGGGUCUCUCCGGAAAUCAACGACCGAUUCUCAUCGUCGACCAUUCCUUGCAAAGGCCGAAAUGAUCACACCAGCUCCCAAUGAAGAAAACCAGCAUGUGAGAGGACACCAGUCUCACUUCGUUACCACUGCAGCAGAUCUGCGCGGGACGCCGAAAAUCUGUGAACCCUACCCGAUAACGCCGAUUUCUCUUUCGAGAGAGGUUGACGACCGUGAAUGGCAUACGCCUCCACCUUCGGAAACAGAUAUUGCAUUCUCGGAGAAGAAAAUUCUAGAAAGCAUUCCAUCUGUCCACCAAACCGAGCAUCCUGUUAUCCAACGAACCUGCGGUUACCGUGAGGGUCUCGCUGGGGCAGACCGGCUGUGGAGUGACGUCUGGCGGCCACUGGUCGCUGACGAUGUAUUGGGCAACGAGGACGAGGCCAGGUAUCUGAGAAAUUGGCUGCAAGCACUCGAAGUCCGGUCGGAACACCAGAAAAAAGAAGACGGUCCACGCGCUAAACGUCCACAAAUCAUCCGAACUGUCUCCCGGCCUCGCAAAAAGCGAAGAUUGACUCCGGACGAUAAUGGCUUCGUUAUUAGCGAUGCUAGCGACUACGCCUGGGAACCUGAGCCAGCAGGGGCAGACGACGAUGACUUCAUCCCCACGUCCGAUGCAGUGUUCGGCGCCGGUUCCAAGAGUGAUCUCAUGGGCAACACCAUACUGAUUACGGGACCACCUGGCUGCGGCAAAACCGCUGCCGUGUUCGCAUGCGCGGAUGAACUAGGAUGGGACGUCUUCGAGGUGUAUCCGGGUAUCGGGAAAAGGAACGGUGCUAGUCUCGAGGCCCUGAUCGGGGACGUUGGCAAGAACCACCUUGUUCGUCGUGCAGACCACGAGACUCGUACCGGCGAUCCUGAUGCCGCAGGCCUGGGACAAAAUACUCCGCGCCAAUCACUCAUCCUGCUGGAAGAAGUCGAUAUUCUUUUCAAGGAAGAUCAUGCCGUCGAUCUUCUGUCAUUCGUGGAUGCUUACAACACGCGACGUGAUGCACAGUGUCCAACGGCGUUGGCCUCGGCCGAAUUACAGUCAUCUGGGGAUGAAGAGACAGGUCAUUCACUGCUUGUAGAUGCGCUAUCGGAUGGUUUCGGGUCUUACAACUGGGAUGAACGGAUCAGGGAUACUCUUCUGGAUGUGACACAUGGAAUUGGGUGGGCUGCGGACCCGUCGCCGUGCUCCGAUUAUCUGCGGCUGGUCCGUGACUGGGCGAAUGACAAGACGUUGGCAAUUGGAGUCAUGGCCCGCCCUGCGGUCCACUUGGAUUACAUACCCUGGGCCCGACACAUCGUUGCCGGGGAGGACAUGCAGGCCCAGGCCCAGGCCAGUCUCCCCGUCGUUGGGAGAGCGGCAUCUGCUGCAUGCGACAGCGCUCGAAGCUUGCAAUUAAUCAAUCCUAUUUGGGCUCUUACACGUGUCUUGAUUUUGAUUUUGGCGUUGUAUCGUGUUAGUAGAGUUACCAACAUCUUCUUGCUGUCCAACUGCCGUCAUUCUCGCUUCUGUUCCCACUACUUCAUUGGACGCCGCCGGGAACGUCCCGUUCAACCUUUAUCCAUGGCCACGGGCUCCCUCAAGCAGUCACACCACGGCCUGGCCAAUAAACCCUCCUCAAGGCAUUCCUCAGUCGCACCACUGCGACCCCCUGUGAGCCAGGGAUCGGACGAGGCCAGCCUGGCUCCCCUCGAGUUUCUCCAGAAUCAGCGUCGCGGAUCUAUAACAGACCCGUUCCUGCACGCUACACCCCGCCAGAGCAUCAACUCCCAGUUCUUUCGCCAGGACAAAAACAAUCCCUCAGAACCCCGACCCGCUUCACCGUACGUCUUUGGAUCGGCCGGCCAUGGGGAUGGAUCCCAUCUUCGGAAGCUCUUACGAUCUCCCUCCCCCAAUUCUCGGGAUACUGUGCUUUCGAGUGCUGGGAGUUUCCGUGGCUCAGGUGAGAGUUUAUCUAGCCCACGUGUGCUGUGGGAGGUUGAGCGCGUCCCAGGAACCCCGAAGAAUGACACCUCAGACGCCAUGAACGUCGACGCCAUUGAGCAGCAUCCACCGACUGCACCCCAUCCCGCCCGAGCGAAGCUCAUGUCUCACGAAUCCCACACACCCUUCGACUACACCAUGAGACGGCAUUCCAUUGCCGUCGGACAAGACACGCACACGCGGUCGCCGUCUCGCCUGGGCGCACCCCAGGGACUCAAACGCAAAAUGUCUGCCGAUCCUUCCGCCUUCCCCGCAGUGGGCGAGGAAGGCGAUGUCCAGCAUGGAGGAGCUGGAGCAUCGGGCGGAAUGGACGUCGAUUCCGAGGCACCGGCGCCUAAGCGCCGUGGCUCGGCCAUCGACACACAGCGUAUCGCCCAACUAAGCCUCAAUGAUCGACGUGACUCACUGGACGCGCGUGGCUCUCAGUGGCGGUCGCCAAAUGACAGGCGAAGCUCCACCUCGUCGAUGUUCUCGAGCGUAUCCAGUGUCGGCGGCUAUAGCUCGCGUUUUUCCGAGAAUGAGUCGCCGCACGGACGUCCACCGCCCAGCAUAGCCUCGUUUUCUUGGCCUUCCCGUCCUUCUGAUUCACCGGGUGGAUUCUACAACGAGACAGAUGGCAGUCUGCCUGCAGCUUCUAAGAGCAAAGAAUCUGGGAUUAUCGUGGUCCCUCCCAUAAAUUUCCCUCCCGACCGGCGAAUGUCCAUCACGGACUCAUUGAGUGGACCGUCGGUCAAACAUCAGCGCUCCCGUUCGCCACGCCAGAAACCGAAUGCGGAAGCUUCUAGCCAUGGUUCGCCGGACGAUUCCAGUCCUCCAACAACGGCUAAAUUGGGACCUAAGGAAAUCGGGACAGCACCGUACUCGCGGUCUCCUGAACUUCGCGUCUCGCAUAAGUUGGCCGAACGGAAAAGACGCAAGGAGAUGAAGGAGUUGUUCGACGAGUUGCGGGAACAGCUCCCCGCUGACCGCGGUCUCAAGGCAAGCAAAUGGGAGAUUCUGAGCAAAGCUAUCGACUUUGUUGCGCAGCUAAAACAAAGCCACCAAGAUAUGGCGCACGAGAUUGAGGUCCUGAGACGCGAGUUGGACACGUUCCGGCCGGGAUCGUAUCCCCCACUGGCGAUUCCCCCGCAUGGAUUCUCGCAGUCGUCCAGCAGCAACGGCCCGGUCCACUCACCGUCACGUCCAAGCUCUUCCCAAAAUUCGUACUCCUCGACCGAAAAUGGCAGUCCACGUAGACGUGAAGAUUCUCUCAGUUAACCAUGUAUUCCUUUGUUUCGAACGUUUUUGUUGUGCGGACCAUUUGGAUGUGUAUGUACUUACUUUGACUGUCUAUGUAGGUAGGGUAGACAGACAUACAGAUCAAUGUAUGGGCCAGAGAACUAGAACAGCCCGAGUUAGUGAGAAAUGCA